GACACUUCUGACAGCUUUGAGGUUAUGUUGUGUAGUGAGGUGACAGCUAAUUUUUUGAAAUAUCAAUAUUCGCUAUUAAUAUUUAAUAUAUGAAUAAAAAUGCCUGCAACAUUUGUGCAUAGAAGUAUUUUAACGAUUGGCUUUCUUUCUUUAUUCCACGCAGCAUAUUCAGCUGCCCAACAUAGGUCAUAUCUCCGACUGAACGAUUUGGAUUUCACGCACCUUCCGCUAGAUAUAUUUAUCCAAGCAUUAGGCGCGCUAUUUAUAAUCAUGUACGGGGUGUUGAACAUAACCGGGGACUUCAAAGAAAUCAAAGCCUCGGCGGAAUUAGAAAACAAGUCGUGGGAAACGUUUCGAAACAUUCCAUCGUUCUACGUAUUCAAUCACAGAGGUGGCAAAUCUCCUGCGGUCACCAAAACCAGUUUAGAAGAAAUCGAGUAGUAUUCUGCCUAGUAUUUAAUUGUUUUUCUACUACAAUUUAAUGGAAUUAAAAUGUAAAAAGAUACUCAUAAGUAACGCAAUUUCGUAAAUAUUUAUUGUUCUAACAGCGGUGUGUAAUAUUAGGAAAAAACGGUGCAAUAUACCGGAUAUAUUAAUAACACGGAUAAAAGUGCUCAAACAAUAAAUUUUCAAUAGAGAUUCUUCAGUUGUUCAUAAGUUAAGAAAAAUAUAAUAUUCCAAGGACCCAUUCGAAACAGAGUUGGAAUAAAUCCUUUAUAGAACGCCCAAAAUCCUUCGUUUCUGUACGUUUGUACGAAGCAAUCGACAGUACCGUGAUAAAUGUGACUGGGCAACGGACCCCCGCACUUUUUCAACUUUCUUUG